AUGAGGAACAAUCUGAUCUUCGGAAACAUACCGGAAGAGGAGGGAGAGACGCCAGCGCGGACGGAGCGGAUUGUGAGGGACUUUAUUGUUGAUAAAUUGAAAGUGGCUCGCGAAGCAGUUGAUAACAUGCGGUUUGAGCGGGUACAUCGAAUGGGACAGAAGCAGAAUCAAGCGGGCAGGAGCGGAGCGGCCGGAAGUGCCAAUACAAAACCUAGAAGUAUCGUAGGGAAAUUCUGUUUCUUCGGGGAUCGGGAACAAGUAAGAAGUAACAGCAGAAAUCUAAGCGGAACGAACCUUUAUGUUACAGAGCAGUUUCCGCCGGAAGUAGCCGCAAAGAGACGACGACUCUUCAGACGGGUUAAAGAAGAGAAGCAAGCCGGCAGAAAGGCAUGGGUAUCAUACGAUACUCUCUACGUGGACGGGAAGCAAGUGAAGGAGGCGUAG